AUGGAAUUGAGAUUACUUAGACUAGUGAUCUUUUUGCUUCUACUUAUAUAUUCCGCGAAGUGCGAUGAGAAUGGGAGCCUAGAGUCCUAUGGCAAUCUAAUGAAGUCCUACAUGAACUUGAGUGUAGCACCUUGUGAUGACUUUUAUGAGUACGCCUGUGGGAAUUAUGGAAGCCUCUCCCCGCAACGAAGACGGAACGUGUAUAUCGAUUGGGAUCACGUUACGGAUCAUCUGGUAGGCAAGACGAAACAUCUACUGGGUUUGGUGGAUCUGGCGGAGUCCCUCAAUGUGUCCAGCGAACUUAGGCUGGCCCAAAGAUUCUACAAUGCCUGCCAGGAAGCUGAUCUCCACCCCUUUCCUGCUGCCGAUCCAUAUUACCUAGAAGUAAUUCACUCGAUCGGAGGUUUCCCGGCCGUCGACGGGGCCUCUUGGAAUGCCUCAAACUUCAGCUGGUUCAACAUGAGCGCACACAUGACCAAUUACGGAGUAGAUGGUCUGAUCGCUGAAAGGAUCUCUUGGGAAUAUCCUUUUCAGCCUUACUUGAACUCUCUAAAACCAUUUAUGGGUUUUAAAUAUUACGAUACUGCCCAUGAACACAAUGAGGAGGUCAUGCGCGGAUACUUAAGAUCAUAUCAGUUGCCUGAGGAUAAAAUUGCAGGGAUUGUCUGGAACCAAACAAGAGUUCCUGAAUCCUGUGAUUCCUACUUCGUGGAGUUGGACAAAGUGUGUGCCCGGUAUCCUGAGGCUGUGGCCAAUUAUCUGGCCAUGAAGCUGCUCUACACAUUCGAUGGAAAACUUAAUAGCACGGAACAGCAAAGAGAUUAUUGCGAAAGAGCAGUGCGAACCUCAACGGUAUCCCUUCUUAACAAACUAUAUUUAACCGAGCAUUCGUUUGAGGAAGCAAAGCUGGAAGUAUUAAAAACAGGGGAAGAAGUGUGGAAGACCCUGAGAUGUUCGCCGCGGGAAGCCGAUUGUUUGGAAUCAGGGAAAUUGAACGAAAAUCAGCUUCAUAAAUCUCCCCUCGACUUUAGCUGGGUCAGUUGGCUCGAUUGCCUGAUCCCGGAGAUUGACCGUCUGGAAAUAGUCAGGGAUAGUUACGCUGCAACCAACAUAAAUAUGCAUCGCCUGGUUGUUGAGAUCAGAAGGUACAACACCCGUCACACGGACGAACUCUCCGAACUCUCGAAACUACCAGAAACUAUGUUAGCUGACAUCCAACGCACUGUCACUCAUUUGCAACCACCCAAUUACCACUCCACUUGGCCCCUGUCCCUAAAAUUCGGCGCCUUUGGUAGUGUGCUCGCGGUCCACUUCCUCAGGGAAUAUAAAUUUGAUGACGAAUAUGACGAAGGCCGUCGGUGCUUUGAGGAUUACCACAAUAAAGGUUUGAGUUUAAAUGGCAAGAUGAAGAAAUACACCCCAUACAUCGUCGGCUUUGAUACAUUGCGACUGUCUUUUUCCGCCUAUCAAAGACACAUAGCGAUUCUUCUGAAGGAUUCUAAGAGGGACAAGAUCAACGAAACGAUACCAGGACUCCACCUUUCGCCGAAUCAGCUCUUCUUCCUUGGAGCCACUCAGUUGAGGUGCUCCGAUAGCAUUCACGAUAAGAACGAAGCUCUGGCCUCCUUAAUGAGCAACGAAGACUUUUACCAGGCCUUUAACUGUCCUGUAGGAUCCCGCAUGCGACCGACAGCCAACAUUUGUAAAUUGUGGUAG